AUGGCUGAUGCUAAACCAAUUUCUAGUCCGGCUGAACCUGGAUCUAGACUUAAUCUUUCUGGUGAUCCCUUGCCCGAUGCUCAUUUAUACCAUAGUGUUUUUGGUGCCCUUCAAUAUGUUACCAUCACUAGGCCAGAAAUAUCCUACGCAGUCAAUCGUGUAUGUCAAUUUAUGCAAUCACCUACCAUGGUUUUCUUGGAUGCGGGUUGGAUCUCUGACCUUGAUGAUAGCCGCUCCCAACAUGGUUUUGCACUAUUUUAUGGUGGUAACUUUAUCAGUUGGUCUUCCCGAAAACAAAAGAUAUUAGCCCGUUCAAGCACUGAAGCCGAGUAUCGUGCCUUAGCUUUUGCAACUACUGAAUUAAUUUGGGUGCAACAACUUAUCAGUGAGCUACGUGCUCCUCUCACUUCACCUCCCAUAGUUCUUUGUGAUAAUCUCAGUGCACAGUUUUUAUCUCGGAAUCCUGUUAUCCAUCAACGACCAAAGCAUAUUCGUCUUGACUAUCACUUUGUACGUGAGAAGGUUGAAGAUCAAUCUUUAGUGGUUCGCUAUGUUUCAUCUCAAAAUCAAAUAGCAGAUAUUUUUACUAAAGCUGUUGGAACAACUCGAUUCCUCAACCUUCGAUCCAAGCUCAUGGUUCGAUCUUGA